UUCUAGAUUAAAAUAUCUUCUUCUUUCUCACGGGUUUAGGGUUUUAGGGCAUUUCGAUGCCUUUGUAGGGAUGGAAAAUGCUCUAGGCGCCAUCGCUUCCUCCAUUCCUCUCUCUUCAUCUUCGUCUUCCUCCUCCUUUGCCGCUGCUACAUUCGUUUCCAGGAGCCGGAUUUCGCUCCCGGGAGGAAGGCGUCCAAGAAUGAUGCUGAUGAGGUCGAUCGAUGCCAGGGUCUCGACCGACGCGGUGAGCAGCGGCGCGUCGCCCGGAGAUGACAGGCUUCCGGGGAUUUAUGAUAUGGUGAUGGUCGGCAAGACCAAGCCUCGAUGGCAAAGAGUGCUUCUUAAGGUUAGCGGCGAGGCUUUGGCGGGAGAUGGAACGCAGAACAUCGAUCCAAAGCUGACCAUGUCGAUUGCAAGAGAGAUUGCUUCAAUGUCUCGUCUUGGCAUUGAGGUAACUGCCGUUAAUUGGUUUUCUCGAUUCCAGUUCCCAAGGAAUUCUUUAAUCCUCUUUGUUUGCAUCCAGAUUGCCAUGGUUGUAGGCGGUGGGAAUUUUUUCCGGGGAGCAAACUGGGCCGGUGCCAGUGGACUCGAUCGUGCCUCGGCAGAUCAUAUCGGGAUGAUGGCCACAGUCAUGAAUGCGAUUUUCUUGCAAGCGUCGCUCGAGAGUGUUGGAGUGCCUACUCGUGUCCAGACCGCGUAUCGAAUGGCAGAGGUGGCCGAACCUUACAUAAGGAGGAGAGCAAUGAGGCAUUUGGAGAAAGGCAGAGUCGUCAUUUUUGGUGCUGGCACGGGCAAUCCAUUUUUCACAACUGAUACCGCUGCAGCGCUUCGAGCCGCCGAGAUAAACGCUCAAGUUGUGCUCAAAGCAACGAAUGUGGAGGGUGUCUACGACUGUGAUCCCAGGAAGAACUCCUGCGCCAGGCUCUUGGAUCAUGUCUCUUACCGUCAAGUGGCAGCCAUGGGCCUCAACGUCAUGGAUCUCACUGCUAUAACACUCUGCCAAGAGAACAGCAUACCAGUGGUGGUUUUCGAUCUGAACAAGCCUGGAAACAUCUCCAAGGCUCUUAGUGGCGACCGGAUUGGGACUCUUGUAGACCACAUUGGAAGCUCUGUGGUCUCCGAGUUAGACCGGCUUUCCGAUCUUCAGCAGGUUACAUAAGCUAUUUCCUUGUGCGCUCUUGCAGAUGUUCUUCAAUCUGUUUGUAAUGAGAAGAAGAACGACGUUGCUUUUGCACGAA